AUGUCUAGUUUGCCGGAGGACCAACUGAACCAACUUCGGGAAAUAUUUACAAGAUUCGACCUGGACAAAGACGGGUCCCUCACCCACCUCGAGGUGGCGGCCCUCCUCCGCUCUCUUGGCCUGAAACCAACCGGAGAGCAGAUCCAUAAGCUGUUUAAGAACAUGGAUUCCGAUGGGAGCGGGACUGUCGAGUUUAAUGAAUUGAUCUUUCAAUCGUUUGAUAGGGAUGGAAGUGGGUUCAUUACGCCGGCUGAGCUGGCAAAAUCCAUGACGAAGAUGGGUCAGCCAUUGACGUAUCGUGAGCUCUCUGAAAUGGUUCGAAACGCCGAUACUGAUGGCGAUGGUGUGAUUAGUUUUAAGGAAUUCCAAGGAAUAAUGGCUAGAUCUGCAGCCGAUUCACUUGGGUUCACGUUGUAA